AUGGAGUACUGGGAUGGUAUGGGAAUCUGGCAGAUUUAUACCUCAGAGAACCUACAGCACGGGCCGAUAUUGGACGGGAUGCGUAACUCACAUCCGGUUCAAAUUCGUAUUCGGAGCGAUAAUGAGAUUGGAGACAUAUUUGACGACAUAUCUUAUGCCAAAGGGGCCUGCUUGCUUCAGAUGAUCGCCGCUGAUCUCGGUCAGGAAGUCUUUCUGCAAGGCAUAGGAGCAUAUAUCCGCAAGUACCAAUUUCGGAUUGCCAGGACUGAGGAUCUAGACAAGUGGACGAGAUGUUGGGCAACUGAUGCACACCUGGACGCAAAAAACAAUUUACCCCCUUUUUCUGGGUUUGCGGACCACAGCUGGUGUCGACAUGCUCGGGAAGCCACAUUCCCUGUAGCAAAUCUAGUCUUCUUCAAGAUCAAUGCGAACCAUACUGGUAUCUAUCGCACGGCAUAUUCAUCCGAGCGGCUAAAAAGGCUAGGCGAAGCUGCCGUCAAUGGACUUCUGACUAUUGAAGAUCGGACUGGUCUCGUUGCGGACGCUUCUUCUCUGGCGGCUGUAGGACACCAACGGACCUCUAGCAUAUUUUCAUUAUUUGCCAUGCUCAAUAUGGAAUCCGAGUACAUUGUCUGGAGUGUAAUGAUUGAUAGCCUUUCUGCUAUCAGCGCUGCUUGGAUGCAUGUUCCGGAAACAAAAGACGCCCUGCAGGAGUUUAAACGCCAGCUUAUCGGUCCCAAGGCGUAUAAGCAAGGCUGGAUAUUGAACAAACGGGAAAGCUACGAUACAGGAAAAUUAAGAUCUCUGCUACUUAGUAAAUUCGCACUCGUUGGGGAUAUAGAAACCCCAAAAGCGGCGUUGGAGAUGUUCACGCAAUAUCGUGCUGGUGAUAAAACCGCAAUCCAUCCUGAUUUACGCACCGCAGCCUUUGCCUCUGUAGUGUGCUCAGGCUCCGAAAUAGAGUAUAAUGCUGUGCUAGACGUGUAUCGCACAACAAAUGACAGCACUGAACGUAUUGCAGCGCUUGCAGCGCUAGGUUACGCACGCAAUCCAACGCUCGUCGAACGCACGAUUUCAAUGUUGCUAAGUAAUGAGGUACGCUUGCAGGACAAUCAAGCGCCGAUGUCCAGGUUGGGAUCUCAUGGAACUGGGAUUGCCGCUGUGUGGAAUUGGAUCACGCAUGACUGGCCAACUGUCAGGGAGCGAUUAUCGUCAGGCCUUGCAAUUCUCCCUUUGGUCAUCAAUUUGUGUACGAAGGGACUUACAACAGAAGGACAGCUGCGCCAGGUUGACAACUUUUUCAAAGAUAUUGUCACAAGGGGGUUCGAAAUGGCUUUACAGGAGAGUCUGGAUGAAAUAAAAAUGAAUAUACGGUGGGUAGAGAGGGACGCUGAGGAUGUGCAGAAAUGGCUUGAGAAUUUCUUGGGCGAAACACGGCCUCUAGAUGAGAAGGGUCUCAGAACAGAGUUCUGA